GACACAGGCCCUCCCACUGACAGGUAAACUGCAGCCAGAACCUGCAUCGGUUUGCAGUUGAUCUUACAUUCAGGUGCAUCCAAGGACUACUAAAGAUUAUAACAACACAUGCUCUGGAUAUACUAUGGCGACCAUACACCUCAGUCUUUUCCUGAUGCUGUGUUUGGGAGUCCACAGUUCAUCUUCAGAAAUUUUGAAGCGACAUAAAAGGAACUGGAUCAUUGAUUCCUUCAGUAUUGAUGAAGGCUAUAAUAAAGCUUACCCAUACGUACUGGGUAAAGUUGAAAUUGAAAAGAACUACACCUUUUUCGAGAUCGAGGGUCAUGGUGUUAAUUUGGAUCCUAUCGGCGUAUUACAAAUCAACAAGGACACGGGGGUAAUCACAGUGCACAAACAUGUCGACUACGAGAAAUACAAAGUUUUAAAGCUAACGUUUAAGGCACUUGAUAGAAAACAUCAUGCAGUAGACACGCAGCUGGGCAUUGACAUAUUGAUUAAAGACGCAAAUGACAACGCUCCAAAGUUUAUACCUGAAUUUUACAACAUCAAGAUAAAAGAGUCAACAACACAAGGCACUGUAGUGACCACCCUUCAGGCCAACGAUGCGGACAGCACUGAGAACAACAGAUUAUUUGAUUUUAAAGUGGUCUCAGUCAUUCCUCAACCACAUGAGGUGGAGUUCUACUUAACCCAGAAAAAGGACAGCGAAGACACCACCGGAACUACAGACAUUUUAUUUAAAGGGUGCCUGGAUCAUGAGAGAGCAGAUAAAUACACCAUUUUGGUGGAGGCCAAAGACCGUGGAGACGAAAUCCAGCUCUCCAGCACCUGCACCGUCAUAAUCGACAUAGAAGAUGGAAAUAACCAUCUUCCCGUGAUAACAGGACAAACAGGUCUAGGGAGAGUGAAAGAAGGAGAGGAAAAUGUUCUUGUUAAACGUAUACAAGUUACAGACCAAGACACCAAAGGCACGACGGCCUGGAAAGCCAAAUAUAAAAUCCAAGGAGACGCAAACAAGAACUUUAUGGUCAAGACCGAUCCUGAGACAAACGAGGGACUACUGUAUGUGGAAAAGCAUCUGGACUUUGAAAGCAUUUCUCAGAAGAAUCUGACUAUCAGUGUAGAGAAUGAGAUCGCCUAUCACUCAUGCACGGUGACGAAACGCAGCACCACCGGUCCUUGGAAGGUAGUCACCAAAAAUGUGGCGGGGACAGAGAGUCUGUCCACCUGCCAAGUGGCAGUGAUUGUGGAGGAUGUCAAUGAAUCUCCAUUCUUCGUCCCACCGAACAAAAAAGUUAUGGUGGUUGAGAAUGUCAAGGCGGGACAUUAUCUGGAGACAUUUACAGCUACAGACCCUGACAUCACCAACACAUUUGUAUACAGAAAAGGAGACGAUCCAGCUGAUUGGGUUAUUGUGGACACCAAGACUGGAAAAAUAACCACAUCAAAGAUCAUAGACCGAGAGUCGUCCUUUGUGAAAGACAAUAUUUAUAAGACAACAAUUCUUGCUGUUGACAAUGGUCAACCUCCAUUGACGGGCACUGCAACGCUGGAAAUCCAUAUUAACGAUAUGAACGACCAUGCUCCAUUCCUGCCUGAAAGCAUAAUUGACAUGUGCCAAUCUGACGGACCCUCUCUGGCCAACAUCACGGCCGUGGACCUGGAUGAAGCCCCCUACGCUGGGCCUUUUACCUUCAAUCUCCUGGGAGAUGUUGAGGACAAGUGGAAGCUUGCCCCUAAAAAAGGGUAUACAGUCAACCUGGUGAAAGAGCCCAAAGUUCCCUCUGGACAAUAUGAGCUGCUGCUGGAAGUGAUGGACCUUCAGGACAUGAAAGCUACACACAACUUGUCAGUUACUGUGUGUAACUGCGAAGACACAGCGAGGCCAAACUGUCGCGUUCGCAAAGCUAUUGGCUCCGCAUUAGGAGGAGGAGCGAUUGGGAUCCUUUUUUUAGGCAUGCUACUGCUUGCAGUGUUGCUACUUUUGGCUUUUUUGGUGUCCUGUAAGAGUAUGAGAAAGAAAAUAGCGAUCCCAGAUGGUGAUUCAGGACAACAUCUGAUGAAGUCUAACAUUGAGACACCGGGAACUGACUGCAAAGUGGCUUUUGAGUCAAGUAUAAACAAUGGAUACAGCCAGAAAGUUUCAACGGUGAAGCAAUUACCAGAGUACACCAUAAUCCAAACUGAAACCCCAAAACAGGGAAGCGCCUUUUUGAAUCGGUUGUUAAGUGACUCAACAAUGGCAGGAAGCUUUGGACGUGUGGACUAUGGGCGUCGGUCAAUGGGUGCAUCAUCAGCCAAGAGGACGGAAAAUUGGAGGCUCAGGAGCUCUAUUCGUGGGACUUGGGCUGGACACGGUAGCUAUUCUGCAUACCAACAGAACAAUGUAAUCCAACGUGAAGUUGUGCUCAAAGUACUAAAUAAGAUACUGCGUGCCCACGAGGCUCCAGGAGAGGAGUUGGGUGAUUAUGCUCCUCACGUGUAUGGUGAGGAGGGAGACGCAAAGACCAACUUUGAUCUUGACGCCAUCUCCAUGCCCGAUGAUUUCUUUGACCCAGACAUGGACCUGGAUUACAAAUUCAAUAAUCUGGCCUCAGUCUGCAUGCCUAGUAAAAGCACUGCCUUCUCCUGAAAGAUUUUAGGCAGCGACUAUGAUCCAAGUG